AUGGGUGUGUUUCAGGCAAAAGAAAUCCUGCAGAAGGAGUCGAAUGUUCAGGAGGUUAAAUGUCCGGUGACGGUAUGCGGUGAUGUGCACGGUCAAUUUCACGAUCUUAUGGAACUUUUCAAGAUGGGUGGGAAGUCUCCUGAUACCAACUAUCUGUUCAUGGGCGACUACGUUGAUAGAGGCUAUUACUCCGUUGAGACUGUUUCGCUUCUAGUUAGGUACAAGGAGCGUGUUACGAUUUUGCGCGGGAAUCACGAAUCUCGACAGAUCACGCAGGUUUACGGGUUUUACGAUGAAUGUCUUCGCAAAUACGGCAACUCUAAUGUUUGGAAAUAUUUCACUGAUUUAUUCGACUACUUUCCACUAACGGCACUUGUGGACGGGCAGAUUUUUUGCUUACACGGCGGUCUUUCGCCGUCCAUUGAUAGCCUCGAUCAUAUUCGCGCUUUGGAUCGAUUACAGGAAGUCCCCCACGAAGGUCCGAUGUGCGAUCUGCUUUGGUCGGAUCCAGACGACCGCGGUGGUUGGGGUAUCUCUCCUCGUGGAGCGGGCUAUACAUUUGGACAGGACAUCUCAGAAACAUUUAAUCACUCAAACGGUCUCACACUCAUCUCAAGGGCCCACCAACUUGUUAUGGAAGUAAGCAUCGGACUUGCUUUAAUUGAGUACUUCGUUUUUCUUGCCCUUAAUUCGUGCAUUCAAAUAAAAUCACAAAAUUAUAAAGUGCAGAUGUCUGAACAUCUUCGGUCAAAUCCCCAUUCGGAAAGCCUCAGAGGUUACAACUGGUGCCAUGAUCGCAACGUUGUGACAGUCUUCUCAGCUCCAAACUACUGCUAUCGUUGCGGGAAUCAGGCGGCUAUGGUGGAAUUGGAUGAUGAACUUAAAUAUUCAUUUUUGCAAUUUGAUCCGGCGCCGCGUCGUGGCGAGCCACAUGUCACUCGGCGAACUCCUGAUUACUUCCUUUGA